AUGGAUGAAAAAUCAUACAGGAAAAUUACUGCAAGACACGAUGAAUUGAUAAAACAAAAAGCUACUCUACAAAAAGAAUAUACCACUCUAUUACGAAAAGUUGUAUCGAUUGCUCAUAUCCUGAAUAAAAACUAUCUAUUCGAUAAUAAAAUAAAUACUAGCACGAUAACAGAUAAUCACAAGUUCAUUAAUGAUAUUAAAACACUAGAGAAAGAUUAUUUUACAAAAAUAAAAAUUUCAGAAAGAGCACAACGUAAAUGUCCUGAUUUAAAAUGGUAUAAUAAACAACUUGAAAUAAUUUGUAAUUCAACAGAAUUUAAGUUACCAAAAGAAUUAAAUGAUUCAUAUAUAGAUUAUAAAAAUACUUCGAUAUUAUAUAAUGACCAAUAA